GGGGGGACCUUGGGGAUUCCGUGAGGAGGGCACACAAUGGCAGUGCCCCGCGAGGCCGCCCGAGUCCGAGACAAGCCAGGCCACGGUGGGGUGCAUCCAGCCCCCGCCGCGUGCCGGGACUACCCCGCUCGCCCCGGCGCCGCACCGCCGCGGGACUCCGGCAGCCGCGGCCGCUGGAGAGACCUGGUGCUGCAGCCGCUCCGGCGCUCCCGGAAACUUUCCUCAGCGCUGUGCGCCGGCUCCCUGUCCUUUCUGCUGGCCCUGCUGGUGAGGCUGGUGCGCGGGGAGAUCGGCCGGGACCCGGAGCAGAGUAAGGAGGUGGCGGCUGCGGCGGCGGAGGAAGCGGCCCUGGGAGCAGAAGGGGGCGUCUUCCCGGGGCUUCGGGGAGGUGCUCCCGGGGGCGGCGCGCCGCUCAGCCCCUGGUUGCAGCCCUCGGCGCUGCUCUUCAGUCUCCUGUGUGCCUUCUUCUGGAUGGGCUUGUACCUCCUGCGCGCCGGGGUGCGCCUGCCUCUGGCCGUCUCACUGCUGGCAGCCUGCUGCGGGGGGGAAGCUCUUGUCCAGAUUGGGCUGGGCGUCGGGGAGGAUCACUUACUCUCGCUCCCGGCCGCGGGGGUGGUGCUCAGCUGCUUGGCCGCCGCGACAUGGCUGGUGCUGAGGCUGAGGCUGGGCGUCCUCAUGAUCGCCUUGACUAGCGCGGUCAGGACCGUGUCCCUCAUUUCCUUAGAGAGGUUCAAGGUCGCCUGGAGACCUUACCUGGCGUACUUGGCCGGCGUGCUGGGGCUCCUCCUGGCCAGGUACGUGGAGCAAAUCUUGCCGCAGCCCGCGGGGGCGGCUCCGAGGGAGCAUUUCGGGUCCCAGCUGAUUGCUGGGACCAGGGAAGAUAUCCCAGUAUUUAAGAGGAGGAGGCGGUCCAGUUCCGUGGUGUCCGCCGAGAUGUCCGGCUGCAGCAGCAAGUCUCAUCGGAGGACCUCCCUACCCUGCAUACCGAGGGAACAGCUCAUGGGACAUUCAGAAUGGGACCACAAGCGAGGGCCAAGAGGAUCACAGUCUUCAGGAACCAGUAUUACUGUGGAUAUUGCCGUGAUGGGUGAAGCUCAUGGUCUCAUUACCGACCUCCUGGCAGACCCUUCUCUGCCCCCCAACGUGUGCACAUCCUUGAGGGCUGUGAGCAACCUGCUCAGCACCCAGCUCACCUUCCAGGCUAUUCACAAGCCCCGCGUGAAUCCUGUUAUUUCCUUCAGUGAAAACUACACCUGUUCUGAUUCUGAAGAAAGCUCUGAAAAAGACAAGCUGGCUAUUCCCAAGCGUCUGAGAAGGAGUUUGCCUCCUGGUUUGUUGAGACGUGUUUCAUCAACUUGGACAACCACCACCUCAGCCACAGGCCUACCCACUUUGGAGCCUGCCCCAGUCCGGAGGGACCGUAGUGCCAGCAUCAAACUGCAUGAAGCAUCUUCAUCAAGUGCUGUUUGUCCUGAUUCUUGGAAUAACCCAGUGAUGAUGACCCUCACCAAAAGCAGAUCCUUCACUUCGUCCUAUGCUGUUUCUGCAGCUAACCAUGUAAACUCAAAAAAGCCAAAUCGACCAGGUGCCCUAGCUAAAAUUUCACCUCUUUCAUCGCCCUGUUCCUCACCUCCCCAAGGGACCCCCGCCAGCAGCCCAGUCAGCAAAAUUUCUGCAGUGCAGUUUCCAGAAUCUGCCAACACAGCUGCCAAACAGGGCCUAAGUUCUCACAGGGCAUUAACUUAUACUCAGAGUGCCCCUGACCUAUCUCCUCAGAUCCUCCCUCCACCUGUUAUAUGUAGCAGCUGUGGCAGGCCAUAUCCCCAAGGGACCCCUGCUGCUGUGCCCCUGGAGAGAAGCAGUGCCACCAUUCGGACACCAAGCAGAAUGGAUGACACUACUCAAGUUACCUCUGAUUAUGAAACCAAUAACAACAGCGAUAGCAGUGAUAUUGUACAGAAUGAAGAUGAGACCGAGUGCCCGAGAGAGCCUCUAAGGAAAGCUUCGGCUUGUGGCACCUACACGUCUGAGACCAUGAUAUUCCUGGACAAACCAGUUCUUGCUCCUGAACCUCUGGUCAUGGAUAAUUUGGACUCAAUUAUGGAGCAGCUAAAUACUUGGAAUUUUCCGAUUUUUGAUUUGGUGGAAAAAAUAGGAAGAAAAUGUGGCCGUAUUCUUAGCCAGGUAUCAUACAGACUUUUUGAAGACAUGGGCCUCUUUGAAGCUUUCAAAAUUCCAGUUAGGGAAUUUAUGAAUUAUUUUCAUGCUUUGGAGAUCGGAUACAGGGAAAUUCCUUAUCAUAACAGAAUCCAUGCCACUGACGUCUUACAUGCUGUUUGGUAUCUUACUACACAACCUAUUCCAGGCCACUCAACUGUGAUUAAUGAUCACGGAUCAGCAAGUGAUUCAGAUUCUGACAGUGGGUUUACACAUGGACAUAUGGGAUAUGUAUUCUCAAAAAUGUAUAAUGUGCCUGAUGAUAAAUACGGAUGUCUCUCUGGAAAUAUCCCUGCCUUAGAGUUAAUGGCCCUGUAUGUAGCUGCAGCCAUGCAUGAUUAUGAUCACCCAGGAAGGACUAAUGCUUUCCUGGUUGCAACUAGUGCUCCUCAGGCGGUGCUCUAUAAUGAUCGUUCAGUUUUGGAGAACCAUCAUGCAGCUGCUGCAUGGAAUCUUUUCAUGUCCCGGCCAGAGUACAACUUCUUAGUUAAUCUUGACCAUGUGGAAUUUAAGCAUUUUCGUUUCCUCGUCAUUGAAGCAAUUUUGGCCACUGACCUGAAGAAACACUUUGAUUUCGUAGCCAAAUUUAAUGCCAAGGUUAAUGAUGAUGUUGGAAUAGAUUGGACCAAUGAAAAUGAUCGUCUACUGGUUUGUCAAAUGUGUAUAAAGUUGGCUGAUAUCAAUGGGCCAGCUAAAUGUAAAGAGCUCCAUCUCCAGUGGACAGAGGGUAUUGUCAACGAAUUUUAUGAACAGGGUGAUGAAGAGGCCAGCCUUGGGUUACCAAUAAGCCCCUUCAUGGACCGUUCUGCUCCUCAGCUGGCCAAUCUUCAGGAAUCCUUCAUCUCUCACAUUGUGGGUCCUCUGUGCAACUCCUAUGAUUCAGCAGGACUAAUGCCAGGGAAAUGGGUGGAAGACAGUGAUGAGUCAGGAGAUACUGAUGACCCAGAAGAAGAGGAGGAGGAGGAGGAAGCACCAAAUGAAGAGGAAACCUGUGAAAAUAAUGAAGCUCCAAGAAAGAAAACUUUCAAAAGGAGGAAAAUCUACUGCCAAAUAACUCAACACCUCCUGCAGAACCACAAGAUGUGGAAGAAAGUCAUUGAAGAGGAACAGCGGUUGGCGGGCAUAGAGAGUCAAUCCCUGGACCAGUCACCCCAACAGCAUUCCUCAGAACAGAUCCAGGCCAUCAGGGAAGAAGAGGAAGAGAAAGGGAAGCCAAGAGGAGAGGAGAUCCCAACCCUGAAGCAAAACCAGUGACGAUGGAUAUAAUGAGCUGUGUUUCCCAACAGAGUGACUUGUCACAGACUCUUUUCAAGCCAGCACAACACUUAGACACAACACUGUAGAAAUACAAGAAGAUGGGCAAACAGCUAUUGCAUUUGGGAAUUCUUCGCAUUUUAUGUGUUUAUUUUUACAGUGAGGUACAUUGUUAAAAACUCUUGCUCGGAGAAGCUUUCACAUUUGCAACACCAGCUUCCAAGGAUUUUUUUUAAGGAAGAAGUAUAUAUGUGUGUGUGUAUAUAAGCUCGCACGUAGAUACAUGUAAAACAUAUUCACACACAUACACGCACAUGCACACUGAAAGCCAGGGUUACUGGCUCCACACUUUAGUAACAUUCAUAUUAAGAUAUAUAGUGGUCACUGUGAUAUAGUAAGUUAUAAAGGAAAAAAAAAGGAAAACAAUUCACAGAGGAAAUGGGGUGGCUUAGCAGGGAAACAGUGCAGUGAAUGUAAGUUACCAACUAAGGAGCUUUUGCUCUUAGUACUGACGGAUGAAAGUUCCAGAGCAUUAUUUGAAUUCUUCUACAUCCUGCCGAUAUCGUGUGUGUGUGUGUGUGUGUGUGUGUGUGUGUGUGUGACAGAGAGAGAGGAGAGAGAGCAUGCUUGUGUGUAUGUAUGUGCUUAUGUCAACAGAGAUUUUUAUGGUUUUAGUCAUUCAUAGAAUAGCUGCAGCAGAUGACUCAGCACAUCUGAACAAACGGAAGGCAGUUCACUCUGGAGUGUCUGAGAGGCAGCCAUUCCAAAUGCCUUCCUCCAUUUAGCUUCAGUCCAGGGCCCUCUGAAGAGGGAGGGUAUUCACAGGCUGGUGAGAGGGCCACGGGAUUGGUACUAUGCUAAUGCACCACUUGGAGGCACUCUAUCGCCGGCCUUAAACCUGGAAGACUGAGGCAUUUUCCAAUCUGCUUGCCUAAUGAAUGUAUAGGAGCUGUUUGUCUGUGAGUAUGUCUGUCACUCAUGUAAGAUCAAAUCAACUAUUUUUAAGGGGAUGGCAUUCUUUAUACAUAAACACCUAAGAAGGGGCUGAAGUCCGAUCUUUUAAUUAGGUUAGAAUUCUGAAAAGUUGCCAGAGGAGACUUGGGGGAAUUGCUCUUCACGGUGACCUUCCAUGUCUUAAAUAUGCUGCAAAAUGUGUGAUAGAAAAGAAGAAAAAAAGGCAAACAGAAACCCACUAUGGGACAUAUAGCGAGAGAUGAAGGGGGAAAAUUGCAACCUAGGGUGUGGUGUUUGUUGACGUAGUGAAAGCCUGAUUCUGGGCAACUGUUGAAGAUUGGCUUUGGGUGGUGAAGGUCCCACUGACAACAACCUUGUUGUGGUGUUCCACGUGCCGUGGGGUAAGGUAGCUUCUGUCUGCAAUCUGGCCCAUUGUCAUGUUUCUUUUGUCAGGGAAAAUUAUAGAGGGAAUUUUGGGUACUGGGCCUAUUAUUGAAAGUCUUUUUUUUUUUUUAUUUGUUCAUCUACACUUGUUUAUGCUGUGAGCCAAACCUUAUUUAAAAAGUUGAUACUCACUUCCAAUAUUUUAUUUCAUAUUAUUAUAUUUGUCAUGAAUAGUUAUCUUGAUGUAAAUAUAAAGAUUUUUUUUUGUUUCUGUAGAUAGUAAACUCUUUUUUUUUAAAAAGGAAAAGGGAAACAUUUUUAUAAAGUUAUAUUUUAAUCACCAUUUUUAUACAUUGUAUCUAUCUCCAAGCCCAGUAAGAGAGUGAUGAAUCAUUUGCACGGAGGUCUAAGGACAGCCACAUAUCUACCUAUUCUAAUUUAAAUGAUAAUCAGAUAGUUAUUUUAUGCCAAUUAAAGGAAGAUGCCACAAAGAAUGUUUUUUUCCUAGGAACUUGGAACUUUUAGGUCACUUUGGGGUUCAUGUCUCCCAAAGAGAAAGACUUGCAUAACCAAUACCGAAUUUUUAUAAUUGGUAUCCAUUUCCCGCCAAUGUUUUUUGGUUAUAAUUCCUCCUUCAGUACUAUGUACGGAAGAACUUGUUCAUCAAUGAAACGAUCUUAGCUUCUAAGUUAACCAUGAUGGUGAUUUCUAAUUUUUCUUUCCUCUGAAGUCAUAGCAAAGAGUGUUUACAUUAAAAAUGCUUUUGUUUCUCAUAAAUGAAUAUUCUUCCUUUCCAAAGCAGUGAUUUUACAUUAACCUAUGGCAUUUUUCAAAUAAGGCAAACAUAAUAUCGAAAGUAAACACAAUUUCAGGGCAGAUUUCGCAUUAAGUAGGAAAAUAUGAAAAAGGAUCAAAUAGAUGCAGACUCUGUUUCAAAAAUGAGAAUAAUUUCAUAUUUUUGUGUUAACACUAGGUCUUCACUAUUCAGGAUUUAUUGAGUUGUUUUCCAUUUUCUUAGUAAUGCUUUUGUGUCUCAUGUUUGCAAAAAUUACUGUGAGUCCAAUGCAUUUCCCCAGUGACAUUAACUGUUUUCCUUCCCUUGCAAAUAAGAGAAGAGGGGGAAAAAAUGUGCUCGUUUAUCUCUUGUACCUAAUUACUUAAGAAAACAAAUCUUUCCCCAUUCUCCAAAUGUCGUAUGACAAGUGUCUAAAACACAGGUGAAAGUGAGCACAAAUAUAGGUUGUGGAGCAAGUAGUGUGACAGCAAAACAGUCACGAGUCUAUAACUGUGUAUUGGCAGCUGCUGUGUCAAAGCUGGCCAGUCUGGCUGCCAGAGUAGAGGUCUUAGCAAAUGACCCAGUUGUGUUUAUUCUGUUUUAAAGUACCUGAAAUAAUGGUGGCCAAAGCACUUAGAACCUCUUCAUUCCCAGAUUGUGUUAAUCAGUCCAGGCAGAUUGAUCACCUUUUUUUCUUCAAAAAUCAGUUGCCAGGAUAUUACAGCUAAAAGUCCAUUGAAAUAAAUAGAGAUCAAGGAUGACCCUUUCAUACACAUUCAGUACAUCCCAAAGGAUGACCAGGGGCAUAAAAAGAUCUUUUCUGCUGGCUAUGUUCUCCCCCUCCUCGGUGACAGCAGUAUUACUGUGUUCACUUCCAACUCCAGAGCUUAUUCCCUGUGGUGCCAGUGUGUUUGUUGCAAUUUGCUACAUUUUUAUAUGAGCCUAUUUAUAGGUGCCAUUUAGGUAAACUCAGGUCUUUCAAAUGAAGGAAUCUGUAGCCCAUUUAGGAAAAAGGAUCAUUGUACAGACAGCCAUAAACCCAAUGGGAGGAAAACUCGGAGCUGGUGACCUUGAUUCUAGGGGUUGCUCUCUGUUAAGGAAAAGACCAGGUAUUACUAUGAGUGUCAUCACUGUCGUUUCCAGCAUGCUAUUACAAUGUCCUUUCCAGGUAUCCAACUAAGCCAACCUUUAGGAUAUCGUUCCCUUUAGCUUUUUUCUAAACUAUAAAAUUUUAUUUGUCAUUUCUAUAAGAUUUGGUUUUCUCUCAGUAGAUGAAGAUAGUAGCACUGUACAGGGAUAGAUCUAUACUAGUCUUCAUCUGGCAAGUGAAGGAAUGUCCUCAUGUUUAAGAAAAUACUCAUUUUCUAAAAAAAGAAUACCCAAUUCUAUAUGUUCCGUUUUGAUCGACUUCCAGAACAAACCCCUAAUUAUUGCAAUCCCAGUAAAACUAAAGAAAAGGGAUUGUACGAUGUGCAGACUGUUCGUAUAACAUGUAUGUAUUGUGAUUUCCUCAUGUCCCCUGCCUGUCUUGAUUUGCGAUUUCCCGACGUCCCCUGUCACGUGCCCAGAGAACUUUCUUUGAAGGUAAAAGCUGUGCAAGAGGCAUGAGACUCAGGCCUAUUUUUUGUUUAAAUGGUGGAAAAAUAUAAAUUAUUUUCUAAGUAAUAAAGAUAUGCAAAUUAUCAUUGUAAAUAAA